AUGACUUCCGAAAUCUCUAAAUUCAUCAUCCAGACCCUCUGUGACAACCAGGGAUGUUUGGACUUCAGGCGCCUGGAGGAGACGAUCGCACGGAGUUUCCCUGUUGCUGUACCGGUCCUGCGAAGCGCCCUCUUCGACGACAGUAAAAUAGCCAUUCACGCAGGCAGAGAGACGGUGUCUGGCGGUCAAAUCAUCAGCCCGGACAGUCUGGUAGUGGCCAAAACCGGUCUGCGGAUCUGUCAGAAGAGACCCGGAGAGUGUCCGCGGUGCGAUGGCUUGCACCUGUGCAGGUAUUUGGUUUGCGGACACUGUACGUUCGGACAGAAGUGUAAAAACCCCCAUAGUCUGGAUUCUCCUUACAAUGCGCAGCUUUUAAAGAGAUAUGGUCUUCAUGACUUGACGGGAAAACAGUUGUUCCAGCUGUUACUACAGAAUGACCCGUAUCUGCUCCCUGAGAUAUGCCCACAUUACAACAAGGGCAACGGUUUGCAUGGCUCCUGCAAGUUCAGCACCUCCUGUAUCAAGCUUCAUGUCUGCCAGCACUAUUUCCAGGGUGACUGUAAAUUUGGCUCGUCGUGUAAGAGACCCCAUACUAUUGACGCACAAGGAAUGAGGAUUUUCCAUGUCUUCAGUCAGGAGAAUAUUAAAAACCUUCAGGGGAUCUACAGAAAUAAAUUCAUCAUCAUGGGUCAAUGGGUCUCCGCUGUUCCUGUACUGCCACAGGCGAAAAGCCUCACUCAUCCACCUUCCCACAGCAACCCUGGAUCCCCCAGCAGCUCUGCUUGUCCAUCGAAACCCAUGAAUGAUGCGGACAGGAAUGAAAUCUGCCUCUUCUUCAUUCGCAGACACUGCAGCUUCAAAGAGAAGUGUGUUCGCGUCCAUUGGCACCUACCGUACAAAUGGGAAGUUUUAGACAGCGAUGGUGUGACCUGGAAGAAUUUGCCUAAUAUGGAGGACCUUGAGAAGGCCUACUGUGACCCAGGACAUGACACAAGCAGCAUGACUGAACCAUCACCCACCUCAGGGAUUGUCAGUUUCUUUCAAAGCCUUUUAUCCCCCAAAGUGCAGGCAGUUGACUUCAUGACGAUGACAUAUGCAGGGUCUCCAGUUCGUCGCCUGUCCACUGCCUCCUCUGUCUCAAAGCCCCCUCACUUCAUUCUUACAACACAAUGGCUGUGGUACUGGAAGGACAACAACGGGAAAUGGCUGGAGUUUGGACAGGGUGAUGACACACCAGCCUCCGUCACUUCUGAAACUCUGGACAAUGUGUACCAGGCAGACAGAGAGGCAGAGAUUAAUUUUAGUGCUGGUGGGCAGCUGUAUAUUCUCCACUUCAGAGGCGAACUGGGAACCCAGCAGAUGUAUCAAGAGAACUUAAAAUACAAAACUAAGAGAGAGGUCAGGAGGAGGCCUCGCUUUGUGUCUGCUCAUGACGUGAAUGUGAAGCUGGAGAGCCCAUCAUUGCACAGCUCCAGGUCCUCCAUGGCUGAAAGUGUCCCACCCUACUGGGACAAGAAUGCCCUACCCGAGUUUGGAUACAAGCUCGUACUUCUCUCCAAAUCUGCGGACCAUAAUAUGAUUGAGAUGUUGUUUAGGUCCACUAUGCCUCAGAGUAAAAUUAACAGCAUCCAGAGGAUCCAGAACCCCUCGCUGUGGAAGGUCUUUCAAUGGCAGCAAGAGCAGAUGAAGGAGAGGAACGGAGGGAACCUUGUGAACCAGCAGUACUUGUUCCAUGGCACAGAUGAGACCCUGAUUGAGGCCAUCUGCGAGCAAAACUUUGACUGGAGGAUGUGUGGUGUCCAUGGGACGGCCUAUGGCAAAGGAAGCUACUUUGCCAAAGAUGCGUCCUACUCGGACCGAUAUGUCAGCGCCAAAAGAAGCUCGAACAAGAUCAUGUUCGUUUCUCUGGUCCUGGUGGGGGAGUACUGCAGGGGAAAGAGCAGCUUUGUCCGACCACCGAAAAAGGAAAACAGCAGAGCCCUCUUUGACAGUUGUGUCGACUGCGUAAACAACCCCAGCAUUUUCGUUGUCUUUGAAAAACAACAGAUUUAUCCAGAGUAUCUUAUCGAUUACUCGUAAGUCAUAAUGCUGUCCUUUCCUUUCAUGAAGGUUUUGGUAAGGGAAAGACUGUAUUAUGGGAUGCUCUUUACUUUGAUUAGUAGCAGCUAGUGGCUUUCAUAAAGGUUUAUGGAGUUUUACAGCGAUGGAAGAAGUAUUUAGAUCCUUUAUAAAAUGUAAAAAAAAAAUCCUGCAUUCCAAAUCUUACUUUAGUAAAAGCUUUUUCAACAAAAAAGUAUAAAAAGUAAAAGCCGCACUAUAGCCCCAUGUUAAGGAGCUACUUUUAAGUACUUUAUAUAUUGUAGGUUGGUUGGAGCCAUAGCAAAGUAUUAUAUUCUAUAAACUGAUAUUUACAAUAUUUCCGUCCGAAAUGUAGCGUAAGAAGAAGUGUAAUGUAGGAAAAAAAAGAUACUCAAUGGGAUUUUUCUGUUGGAUUAUUACAGUGGGUCAUGAUUAAUUUAUAAUGUGUAAGAAAAUGCUUAUUUUUACACUUUAGAAUGUACACAAACAAAUAAUGCUUUUCCUUGGUAAUGAUCUAUGUUUAUCAUUGGUGGUGUCUAUUUUGUUUUGGGAAGAAUUUCUUCCAAAAGGUCAUUAACUCAAGUCUAAAUGAAGGCUGCUGAGAGCAACAAAAUGAUCUGGUGUUCAAAUAUGUAAUGAAAUUCACAGAUUUUUGUGCAAUAAACACAUUUUUAAAUGCCAUUUAAUUAUCCUAUGUAAUUAUUUAACCCCUGUAUUUUUAUAGAGUAGCCAAUAAAAAGAA